AACUAUACUCUUAAUCUAGUUCAUCGUGUUACUUGGCAAGAUGGCAAAAGAUCUUAUUAUUUUAGCGUAUUCUGGUGGGCUAGAUACCAGCUGCAUUUUAAAAUGGUUGAUUCAAAAAAAUUACGAUGUUGUAUGUUAUAUUGCUGAUAUUGGGCAAAAUGAAGAUUUUGAUAGAGCAAGGGAAAAGGCAAAGCUUGUAGGUGCUAAAGAUGUGAUAGUUGAAGAUUUACGCAAAGAAUUUGUUACAAAUUACAUGCUACCGGGGAUUCAAAUGGGAUUAGUUUACGAGAGCCGAUAUUAUUUAGGCACCUCCCUAGCGCGCCCUUGCAUCUCUGUUGGAAUCGUUAACACUGCCAAAAGAUUAGGCGCUAAAUAUAUUUCACACGGAGCUACCGGCAAGGGAAAUGAUCAAGUCCGCUUUGAGCUCAAUGUUUAUUCAUUAUGGCCAGAGGGAAAGGUGAUAGCUCCAUGGCGUCUGCCGGAGUUUUUUAACAGAUUCCAAGGACGCAGCGAUCUCAUUGAAUUUGCAAAACAACAUCAUAUACCUGUUGCAGCAACACCUAAAUCUCCAUGGUCCACAGAUGAAAAUUUAAUGCAUAUAAGUUACGAAUCGGGUGUGUUGGAAGAUCCAGCUGUCGUACCUCCAAGCGGAAUAUAUAAAAUGACGCGUGACCUUACCGAAACGGACGAUUACCCUUCCACAAUUGAUGUUUCUUUUGAAAAAGGUGUACCAAUUUCCAUCAAAAUUCCAAGUGGCCAAGAUAAGGCUCUAGUUAUUUCCGACCCGCUAGCUAUGGUGCAGACGCUGAAUAAAAUUGGCGGUCAACACGGCGUCGGUCGCAUUGAUAUAGUAGAAAAUCGUUUUCUCGGCCUCAAGUCUCGAGGACUCUAUGAAACUCCAGCAGGAACCAUACUGCAUGUUACUCAUUUGGAUUUAGAAGCUUAUGCUCUCGACAAAGAGGUUUUAAGACUGAAAAAAUAUCUCCAAGAUAAAAUGGCCGAUUUUGUGUACAAUGGCUUUUGGUUUUCGCCUGAAGCUGCCUAUACGAGAAAGUGCUUGGAAUUGUCCGAGGAAUCAGUUACUGGCAUGGUAACUGUACAAAUUUUCAAAGGAAAUGUUACUGUUUUGGCAAGAACAAGUAACAGAAGCUUGUAUAAUAAGGACUUAGUUUCAAUGGAAAUUGCGGGAGGAUUUUCACCAGAAGACAGCACUGGUUUUAUAAAUAUCAAUGCAGUUAGACUUAAAGAAUAUGCACGAUUCUCCGCUGCUACAAAAUUUUAAAGUCUGCUUAGUAUAAAAAAUACAUAGUUUAAGAGUUCUUCUUUAUUUACCAAGGAAUAUAGAUUUUUACAGCAUUCUUUUUCAAA